AAGGCGGGACUUGGGCGUGUGUGGCCACUGCACAACAGCACCGGAGCGGAAGAGGAGAAGAACCGAAAGCAGUCCCUGCCCACUAGCGCGAAGAGACGCAGCAGCAGAGCGGUUUAGGUGUCACUGUCCCUUUAAGAAGCGCGCUUCUCCCAUUCCCAUCCAUGGCCGGAGAUUGGAGGCGAAUCGAGACCGCUUUGCGCAGCAGCCUCCGCCUCUUCUUUCGGGACAAAUGGGCCCAGCAUGGAAACCGAAAGGAGGUCUCCGAAGAGGAAGAGGAGCAGGAAGCGCAGCAGCCCAGCGCCCUGGAAGCCUUGCCGAUAGAUGUACAGCUAUACAUUAUGUCUUUUCUGACACCCAAAGAUUUGAGUUAUUUGGGAAGUACCAGUUGCUACUGGAGGCUUGCGGUCCAAGAUCCUUUACUCUGGAGACACUUUCUGAUUCGGGAUGUCCCUUCUUGGUCUGCCAUGGACUGGAAGUCACUCCCAGAUGCAAAGAUAUUUGACAGAUCCUUCCCUGCCUUCCAUAAUGAUACCUCAUAUGACUACAUGGCAGCGUACAGAAAGUGCCAUUCUUGUUGCAAACAGUCUCUGAGAUCCAGGCAGACCACAUAUGGAACCAUGGCUUCCUUUUUUCAGUCAUUGAUUACACAGCCGGAGCCUCGCUUUGCUAUGUUUGGGCCUGGUUUGGAAGACCUGAGUGAAUCUUUGAUGCACAAAAUGAUGGGGACACCAGACAUUUUGCCACUGGCUGGUAUUCCUUCGAGACAAAUACAUGGGAUAGGCUCAGGAGUCACAUUUCAUCUGAACAGCCAGAAAUUCAACAUUUUGACCCUGUAUUCAAGAAUCAGCAAGGAAAGACGAAGACCGAAAGAAGAGGACACCACUCCCGUCAACAAAAUAUUCCACACAGAGAACAACACUGAUGGCACAACACAGUACACUCUGAUUGAUCAUGUUAAAAAUAUGUGUGGACUCAUUGAUGGAUUCAUCUAUGUUGCAGAUGCUGAGGUGCAUAAAAGACACGAUCGUCCAACUGAAUUUGCUCAAAUGAUGGCAAUGCUUGAUCCAGCUCUUGGACCUUCUGACAGACCUCUCUUGGUUUUGUCCUGUGUUUCUGAUGCUGAGAUGAAAAGGAUCCCAUGUGUUUAUGUAGCACAUCAGCUUCAACUAAACCUGCUUAGUCAACCUUGGAUGAUUCAGGACACUGAAGCGGCCUCCUUAGCUGGACUGUUGGAUGGAAUUCAUUGGCUCCUGAAACAAACUGUACAUAGAAAUACUCAAUAAAUGGACUUUUUAAAGAGUGCCAA